CGGGGCCGCGGCGGGCGCCGGGGGCGGCACAUGGUGCGCAGCCGCCGCCCCUCCGGCCCCUGCGAGCUGCGCCCGGCGGGCGCUCCCCGACCGGAGGCGCCGGGGGCGCGGUAGCAACUUGGAGGGCAGCGCCCCUGCCCCAACUCCGCGCGGCGGCGGAGCGUCCCUGAGGUACCGCGUCUGGUAAAGGGAACUUCGCGCAGGAUCCCGCAGCCUGGGAGCCGGACGAGACGGUGGAAGGAAGGCGAGCCAGCCUGCGAGAAGGAAAGGAGAAAAAAAAUUACGUAUUUUUAGCUAAGGGAUGCCAGACCGGGGCCCGGGGGCGCCCGGCGAGCGCCGCCCCGCCGCGGGAGCGCCGUAGGAGCGGAGGCUGGCGCCGGAGCGGGGCGGGCGCCCCGGCCGAGCUCGCUCCCCGAGCAGCGGCAGCCCCGGCGCCCAGAGCCUUUUCUUGCCUCCCGGCGAUUAAUGGAAUGAUGUUGCGGAAAAGGCAGAGCGAUCCUGCCGGGCUCAGUCGGGACUGCUCGGGCGGCGGCGGAGGCGGCAGCAGCGGGGUAGCGAGCGGCAUGCGAGUGCCCCCCCGGCGCUAUGGCUAGCGGUGGCUCCGGCAAGUCCAGCAGCGAGGUCUCCGGCGGCGGCAUCCCCAGCAGCAGCUCCCUGCAGAGGAAAAAGCUCAUCUCUAUCUGCGACCACUGCAAGAUCAAGAUGCAACUGGUGGCCGAUCUGCUUCUGCUGUCGAGCGAGACCAGGCCGGUGAACACCGAGAGUCUGUCUGUCUUCGGUGAGUCCUUUGAGAAGUGCAGGGACACGAUCAUUGCCAGGACCAAAGGACUCUCCAUCUUGACCCAUGACGUCCAGAGCCAGCUCAACAUGGGGCGCUUCGGGGAGGUGGGAGAAAGCCUGAUGGAAAUGGGGGAGCUGGUGGUCUCCCUGACCGAGUGCUCUGCCCACGCUGCCUACCUGGCUGCAGUGGAGACUCCAGGGGCCCAGCCUGCCAUGCCUGGCUUGGUGGAUCGCUACAAGGUGACCCGAUGUAGGCAUGAGGUGGAGCACGGCUGCGGGGUCUUGAAGACCACCCCUUUGGCAGAUAUGAGCCCUCAGCUCCUGCUGGAGGUUUCUCAGAACAUGUCCAAGAACUUGAAAUUCCUGACAGACGCCUGCGUGCUGGCCAGUGAGAAAUCCAAGGAUAAAUUUGCUAAGGAGCAGUUCAAACUCAGUGUCAAAUGCAUGAGCACCAGCGCCUCUGCCCUCUUGGCCUGUGUCAAGGAGGUCAAGACCUCGCCCAGCGAGCUGACCAGGAACCGGUGCGUCUUGUUCAGUGGACCUUUGGUGCAGUCUGUCUAUGCUCUGGUGGGCUUUGCCACUGAGCCCCAGUUUUUGGGUAAAGCUGCCACCAUUAAUCCAGAGGGCAAAGCUGUGCAAACCGCCAUCCUAGGAGGAGCCAUGAGUGUGGUAUCUGCUUGUGUGCUCCUGACCCAAUGCCUCAGGGAUAUAGCCCAACACCCCGAAAGUAGCACCAAAAUGAGCGAUUACAGGGAACGGUUGAGGAACUCAGCUUGCGCCGUCUCGGAUGGUUGCAACCUGCUAUCUCAGGCACUAAGAGAAAGAUCUUCACCCAGGACUUUACCGCCAGUGAACUCCAAUUCUGUGAAUUAACCCCCACAUCUUCUGUUUAGAUCCCAGUCAUUGCUAAAGGAAAAUAAUAUCCCACCUCCUCACCCCUUUUUUGUAUACCAAAGAAUUUGCUUGGAUGAGCCCAAUCCUUUGAUUUCAUGUGGUGAAGAAGCAGAACGUAUUCAAACUAUAUGUACUAAUAAAGGUAGCCAGUUUUGGCUUCUUUUUAUUUUACUUUAAAGUUAAGCAAGUGUCUGCAGAUAAAUUUUCCUUUAUUCCACAAGGUCUUCACACAAGUGGUAAAACUGUUUCAAAGUUUUUUAUAUUUGGGGAGGUGGGGGUAUCUUAGAAAAAGGACAAAAAAAAAAAAAGAGCUUUAAUCGCGCUGGGUGCGGUUUUUAAAGUUUGUCUUGUCUUGUCUUCCGAAGUUUCCCUUCUAAAUUUUGCUGUUCGGUUGUGCAGGAAAAAGGUUACCUCAGUUCUAAGUCAUUUAAAAAAAUGAAAAAACCCAACAACACAUAGAUGAUGGAUGUAGCUACUAUUUUGUUUGUUUUUGUUUUGUAUGACUUUUUUUAUUUUGCAUCAAGUGUUAGGUUAGAAGUGCAUUUGGUGUGUAGGAGUGGAAGGACUGGAGGUUGUGAUUAUGUUUUCCAUGUGUUGAUUUCCAAACUGGGGGAAAAGCUACUGUGAGUGUUUAAACAAACAAACAAAAUUACACUAUAACAAAAGUGAUUUUUAAUUUUUUCCAAUGUCAGUUUUUAUCUUGCAUGUACUGGAGUAUUUAUUUCAUCUAUUAAAAUGUUAUGUUUCUCA